AUGCGUUUAGAAAAAUGUUACUUCUGCUCUUCCACAAUAUACCCCGGCCACGGGACGACGUUUGUGAGGAAUGAUAGCAAGAUAUUUCGUUUUUGCAGGAGCAAAUGUCAUGCUGCUUUUAAACAUAAACGAAAUCCCCGUAAAGUGCGUUGGACAAAAGCAUUCCGAAAAGCCGCUGGAAAAGAGAUGACCAUUGAUUCUACUUUCGAGUUCGAAAAACGUCGUAAUGUCCCUGUACGUUAUGAUCGUGAAAAUGUGAUAACCACGAUUAAAGCUAUGAAACGAGUAUCGGAAAUUAGAGCCAAACGCGAAAGAGUCUUUUAUAAAAACAGAAUGUCUAGUAACAAAGAACGUGAAAGAGCCGAGAAUAUACGUGAAAUUCAACGUCACAUUGAACUUGCUGAAACUCCUUCAGUCAAAAUUAAAUCACAAGCUGCGAAGGUUGCUGAGAAAACGCAACAACAUAUCGAUAUGGAUAUCUCAUAA